AUGCUUCACUUACUGCAUUAUCAUCCAUAUAUUGCAGCGCUCACUGUCAGUAACGCGCUGUCAGUAACGCAUACAAUGCUUGUUGACCAAGACGCAAACAAGGAUAUGGUUGUGUUCACCCUUGAUGAGGAGCAUGCUAUGCUCGUCGACCCAGAUGACUCAACAAAUGAUAUGGUCAUGUUCACCCUUGAUGAGGAGCAUACUAUGCUCGUCAACCCAGAUGACUCAACAAAUGAUAUGGUCGUGUUCACCCUUGAUGAGGAGCAUGCUAUGCUCGUCGACCCAGAUGACUCAACAAAUGCGAGAUAUGGUCAUCUUCACCCUUGA